AUUUUUGUUACGAAGACUCCAAAAUUUUGACUUUGGAAGCAACGAUGGCGUAAAAAUUCUCAACUUUGAACUACAAGUCGUCUGGACUGAACCUACUGAGAACUACACGUCGACUCGUAGCUCUCUUCUUCGCUAACUAAAAUUUCUGCUGCUCUCUUCUAAGCUUUCGAUUAAAAAAAACUCCGAUAGCUAAAGUAAUUGCUGUUCGUUUUAUUUGAAGGGUGUUGCUGUUGUUUUUGAUAAAGAUGGUGUUCUUGUGUUGGUCUCGCCCGUCUCCUCAAGAGCAGAAGGCCUGCAUUGAAAGGGCUGGUUCCUUCAACUAUAGCAGCAAGUUUAGAGGAGCUACUGCUAAUCCCAGUUCUUGCCUGCAAGAAGAUAAGGGGAUCUCACAAGAAGGUUUUCUUCUCAACCAUGCUCGUAUUUUGGUGGGUUCUGGUGUUGAGACUUAUGAAAAAGGGAAGAAAGCUCUUCAGAACUGGAGGCAUUUUGGAUUGAAUUGGGCAUUUGUUGAUUCCUCAACUCCAGUUCAUCCAGGAGUGAAGUUUUGUGUCUGUGCCAAGGAGUUCCUUCCAUGGGUGGUGUUGCCUCUUCAAAUUGUGUAUGUAAAUGAGAAUAGAAAUACCAAUAAGGGUAGGACAUGCUUCAGUUUUGGCAGUGGUACCCUUCAAGGCCAUCUUCUGGCUGGUGAAGAACGGUUUUCAAUUGAGAUGGACUCAAACAGUCAAGUGUGGUAUGAAAUUCUAUCAAUCUCAAAGCCUGCCCACAUAUUAUCAUUCCUAAGUUAUCCCUAUGUAAUUCUUCGCCAAAAGUAUUUUGCUCAUCAAUCUACAAAUGCAUUUAAGAAAUAUUUGACUCCCACUCAUUCCUAACUUCUGCUAUGUAUUGUAAUCUAUAUUUAGAUUGUUUCUUCCUGUAAGUAUAAGCAUUCAGUUCUUAGAUAAUGAUAACAUUGGUAUUCCUCUCGGCUA